AUGAACCAGCGUCUAUGGAAGAUAGACGGCCAAACCAUGUUCGUCGCAGACUGGGAACCUGGAAUGGCUCCGGUGAACCCUGAGCUGACCAUUGCUCCAAUCUGGUUGGAAUUGCGCAACGUACCCCUGCAGUGCUUCAACGAGGAAGGUCUCGAACACAUAGCGGGUUUAGUUGGUCAUCCUGAUUGCCUCCAUCCUGACACCAAAGACAAAUCAAACUUGGAGGUGGCCAAGGUCUUUACGUUUAUCGACCCCCGUAAGCCGCUGCCUGAAGGUGUGAAUGUUCAAUUUGACUCAGGCGAGAUUAGACGAGUCGUUGUCUCAAGCCCUUGGAUGCCACCUAUUUGUCCUCACUACUGGGAACCUGGAAUGGCUCCGGUGAACCCUGAGCUGACCAUUGCUCCAAUCUGGUUGGAAUUGCGCAACGUACCCCUGCAGUGCUUCAACGAGGAAGGUCUCGAACACAUAGCGGGUUUAGUUGGUCAUCCUGAUUGCCUCCAUCCUGACACCAAAGACAAAUCAAACUUGGAGGUGGCCAAGGCGAGAUUAGACGAGUCGUUGGGUCAUAGUCUAAAGCGAUGUAAAACAGCCCCUAUCACCUGCAAGAACUGUAACUCCACAAGUCAUCCAGCUGCAGUUUGCCCAAGGAUAAAAGGAAAUGGAGCUAGGAAGCCCCUAAACCCUAAGCCAAAUGUUUCAUCAGGCGUGGUUCCUGCAGCUGCGUCUGUAGCAGUAGCCCCUGCGGUUGUGCAAAGCAACUCCAGGCCAGUUCCCAAAGACAAAGAGAAAGUGAGAGCAUCCUCUGCGAAGUCUUCUCAGAAGUCUUCUCAGAAGUCCUCUGAAGGAGACUCUGACUCCACGGAUAUCAAUUCUAGUGAGGAGGAGGCUCGCGGAUUUCUGUCUGAAGAGGAACAUGAAUUUUUGGAAGUCGUCUCGAAGAAGAAUCGGAGAGAUUCCAGGGGCUUUGGCCCAAAACGCAAAUAA